UUCUUGGUUUAAGCAAGAUGGUGUCGCCCUGUAAGCAAUGCGAGCGUAAACCAUGGAUGUAAACACGGAGCCUCACCUUUAAAAACCACGAGUUAAACUCAGUUCCCGCGACAGGAAGUGAACAGAUAAACGGUUAUCAGAGCGCCAUGGCUCUCAGAGUGUGCGCUCGCGUCGUCAGAGAAGCCUCGGUCUUCUCUGCGCGACACGGAAAUGCGUCAUGGGUCCUCACAGCGGGAAAUGCCGCCUGCAGCAGAGGAGGGAGGAGGAAUGGAUUUAUCUUCACUCCUGCUUGUUUCAUUACGUCAGAGGUGUUUCUCAACAGACUGACGAAAGGCAAAGCAGCAGAGGCAGAUGGCAGCUUUUAUCGCCUCCCAGCCUCAGUUCCGCCGGACAGCGGAGAGCACGUGUCUUUGUUGCUGAGACAUCCAGAUCAGCCCGACAAGCCAAAGCUUUUGAAAGUGGCUAUAAUUGGUGCCCCAAAUGCUGGGAAGUCCACAUUGUCCAACCAGCUCCUUGGCAGAAAGGUGUUUGCUGUGUCCAAGAAAGUACACACCACACGGUCACGUGCACUUGGUGUCCUCACGCAAGAUGAUACACAGAUUAUUUUGCUCGACACCCCUGGUCUCAUUCCUCCAUCAAAAGUUAAAAGACACCAGCUGGAGAAGUCUUUACUUGUGGAUCCCUGGAACACUGUCAAAGAAGCUGACCUACUGGUGGUGGUGGUGGAUGUGGCCGACAGAUGGACAUGCAGCAGGCUCGACUUUGAGGCGCUCAAGUGUUUGGCUCAGCAUCCAGACAUCCCAGCAGUCCUGGUCCUCAAUAAGGUGGACCUGGUGAAGGAUAAGAACAAGCUGCUGGAUGUCACAGCACAGUUGACAUGUGGUGUGGUGAAUGGACGCAGAAUCCGGGUCAGGCCAGUGAUCAAACCCCCGUGGGCUGAACAGAGGCCAUUGAGGGACUCGCUUGAUGAGGACAAUGCUGGUCCGGAGGGAAGCACUGAUCCAAACUCGAAGCUGAACAAAGAGCAGCUGAAAGUGCUCAGGGACCAGCAGGGCUGGGCUCACUUCAAAGAUGUCUUCAUGCUCUCCUCUGUGGACAGUGAGGAUGUGGAGCCGCUGAAGGGUUACUUUAUGGUUGCUGCAAAGCCGGGACCAUGGCAGUACCACAGUGAAGUCCUGACUGAUCAGAGUCCAGAGGCAGUCUGCACUAACAUCAUCAGAGAGAAGCUUCUGGAGAAUCUGCCGGAGGAAGUGCCUUACUCAAUGACACAGGCUGUUGAUCUCUGGCAUGAGGGAGAAAACGAUGAGCUCGCCAUUUCCAUGAAACUGUACGCCAAAAAAGAAGCUCACUUGCGGAUGGUGAUCGGCAAAGCCGGACAGUUGAUAGCACAGAUCGCUCGAGAGGCAAGCGAGGACCUGAGCCGCAUCUAUCUGAGGGACGUGAAGCUGAAGCUCGUGGUCAAGCUGAGGAAGUGAAGAGGGUUGCAGAGGACUUUAAUACUGAAGAGACAGACACUUAAAGGAAGGUAGAGUUCCAAUCAUCAGACUGAGGUGGAGUUAUGAGGUGGCAUCACCUAUAUACUGUAUAUCCACAGUCCCAGGGCUCUCACUGAGCUUGUACUUCUAUUUAUUUACCUGCUUAAAGAAUUGUAUGUAAACAUGAGGCUGACGUAACAUCAGUAGAAAUGUGUAGUGUAUAUAUUUAUAUAUAUGUAUAGGGCUGCAACAAUUAUUGGAUAAAUCAAUUACUAGACUGUCAACUAUGAGUGUUUUUUCAAUAAAUAACAAAUGUCCUGA